GCGCGCGCUGCAAAGAUGGCGGCACUGAGCAAGUCCAUCCCCCACAGCUGCUACGAGAUCGGGCACACCUGGCACCCCAAGUGCUCCUGGGCUGUGCUGCACGUCACCCAGAGCGCCCUGGCAGAGUCCCUCCGCAUCUACGGCACCCUGUACCUGGUUGCAGCUAUUCUCAGGAAACGAAAACUUGACUAUUAUUUGUACAAAUUGCUACCUGAGAUCUUACAGUCGACUUCAUUCCUGACAGCAAAUGGGACCUUGUACAUUGCUUGCUUUUGCAUUCUAAGGAAGAUACUUGGAAAAUUCUACUUUUGGUCUCCUGGCUUUGGUGCAGCUUUACCUGCUUCUUACAUGGCUAUUCUCAUUGAAAGGAAAAGCAGGAGAGGGCUUCUCACAAUCUACAUGGCUAAUCAAGCCACAGAAACAUUGUUCCGAAUGGCAGUAGCAAGAGGAGCUAUCACACCUCUAAGACAUGGAGAAGUCCUUUUGUUCUGCAUCACAGCUGCUCUAUUCAUGUUCUUCUUCAGGUGCAAAGAUGGCUUGAAAGGAUUUACAUACUCUGCGCUAAAGUUCAUUGUAGGGAAAGAAGAAAUCCCCACACAUUCUUUUUCACCUGAAGCAGCAUUUGCAAAAACAGAUAGAAAAAUCAAGCAUAGUGAAAAAGUAUCACAGCCAAUGAACAUACUGGCACUAACAAAAAAGCUCAUGGACAAAGUGUGCAAACAUGGCCCAAGGCAUAGAUGCUGUAAACACUAUGGAGAUAAUUGCAUCUCAUACUGUAUUAAAGGCUUCAUUAGGAUGUUUAGCAUUGGUUACCUGAUCCAGUGUUGCCUUCGGAUUCCUUCCACCUUCCGACAUCUGCUUACACAGCCAUCACGGCUGCUUUCUCUCUUCUACAACAAGGAAAAUUUCCAGCUUGGAGCUUUUCUGGGAUCUUUUGUCAGUAUAUACAAAGGUACAAGUUGCUUCCUGCGCUGGGUGCGAAACCUAGAUGAUGAGCUUCAUGCACUUGUAGCUGGGUGUCUAGCAGGAAUUUCUAUGAUGUUUUACAAAAGUACAACUAUCUCUAUGUAUCUGGUGUCUAAACUAGUAGAGACUAUAUACUUCAAAGGCAUUGAAUCAGGGAAGGUUCCCUAUUUUCCUCAUGCAGACAGCAUCAUCUAUGCCAUUUCUACAUCAAUAUGCUUUCAGGCUGCUGUCAUGGAAGUUCAGAACCUGAGACCUUCAUACUGGAAAUUUCUUUUACGACUAACGAAGGGCAGGUUUGCUCUAAUGAACAGGAAAGUUUUAGAUGUGUUUGGUACAGAAGCAUCUAAGAACUUCAAGGAUUUCACGCCUAAGCUUGACCCAAGAUACACAGUUGUGCCACCAGAGCUACCGCUGGAGCUGUCUUGAACACAAUAGUGUGGCUCGUCAUUGAAUGUGAUCAGCAUUUUGUCCUGAAAAGUUAAUUAACUUGACAGUCGUAUAUAUGGAGGAGGGUAGGGCUCCACUUCAGUAUUACUUCAAUGAGAAAUGCUUUUUACCAAUCAGAAAUACUGAAGCUUUGCAGGAAGGUGUGGCUUAAUGAUUAAGCCCCUUCCAUAAGCAGAAAACAUUUCUGGAUUACUAUAGUUGGUUGACAGUAUGGUAGAAUCCUGAAGGAAUUAAACAAAUUAGUAAUAUAUUUAGAGAAGAGAAGUAAAACAUAAAUAUGCUUCGUAAUUUCAAAAAAUUCAUAGUUCAUACCAGUAGAAUAUUUUUUUGGUAAAAAGACAACU